AGUAUGUGAAUUAAUUUGGAUAAGAUAGGUAGUGAGUCCCGGUGUUUCUCUUAGAGCUUUCUCCAUUGAAUUUCUCCCGACAGUUUUUAUUUGCUUAAUUUGUUUAGUUUAUUUUGAUUAUUGAAAUUAGUCACAUUAAACUAUUUUCACUUAUAGUUUGCUCAUAGAAUUGAUAUAUUAUAAGGUUGUACCAGUCCCUGAGAGACGAUACCCGGACUUUCCGGUUUACUACAAGAUAGGAAUUGAAGCAUUACGCUUUUGCCCUAUCAAGUUUUUGGCGCCGUUGCCAGGGACUGCCAUACCUUAUUUUUGUUGAUUUUUGUGAGUGAACUAUUUUGAUCUGUGUGCUAGUGUGCAGUUGAAUUUCAGGUUAAUCCUUUUUGUGCAUGCCGAGGAGGACAACCAGGGAUUUAUUGCCACUAGACCCGGAGAUCGAGAAGACCUCCCAACAGAACAGGAAGCAGGUCAAGUUAGGGAAGCAGCCAACCACAACUCCUAGGCCUUCCUAACGCAUAAUCGUCAACAGAGAGGGAAGGCUUCAUAACCUGUCUUCCCUAUACCACCGCCACCGCGCGUCAUCGAGCAUGUCAUCAUGGCAGAGGAGGAUCGUCCGUUUAGGGCUCGCUUGAAUCGACGGACUGGAGCCCGAGCUUCAUGUGUUGUCAUUCCGGCUGGGGAUGCAACCAUGGAGAUUACCCUAGCAUUUAUCAACAUGAUCACUAAUGGGUAUACUUUCUCCGGGGCUAGCAAUGAGGAUCCUCACGAGCAUCUCCGCCGGUUCGCGAGCAUUUGUGAUACGAUGAAGAGCCCAAAUGUGUCUGAUGAUGCAAUCCACCUAUGGAUGUUCUCAUUCUAUCUAUUAGGGAAUGCAUCACACUGGUUCCAGAACUUAACACCUCGAUCCAUCACGACAUGGGCUCAGCUUGAGAAGGCCUUUCUGGAUAAGUACUUCCCACCUGUCUUGGCAAUGAAGAGGCAAGAGGAAAUUGUUACGUUUAAGCAAGCAGAAGAUGAGAGUCUAACUGAGGCAUGGGAGCACUAUAAGGGGCUAUUGAUGAGAUGCCCAAGCCAUGGUCUUGAAGAUUGGAACGUGAUCAUUCUUUUCGUCAAUGGAAUCAGAAGGGAGUUUCGGGAUGCCCUAAAUAAUGCUUCUCGAAAUUGUUUCACAAGGAUGGAGGCACCAACAACAUAUGAACUGGUAGAGAAGAUCUGUUCAGAAGCCACCGAAUGGGGUAGUGAGAUCAACAUUCGAAGAAGAGGAGCCUUUCAUGAAGUUGACAGAGUUACAAGUCUCGAAGCCAAGUUGGAUGCUAAACUAGAUUUCAAGUUUGAUGCCUUCGAACGAAGGUUGGCCAAGAUUGCUCUUGGUAGAAAAGAGGAGGUUGCUUUAUGUGAACUUUGCGAGGGUUCUCAUCAUAGGGAUAUGUGUCCACUGGGAGCUGCUUAGUUGGAAAUGUCCAGUAUAUCAAUAAUCCGCGAAGUCAAGGCCAGGGUAGUAUGUAUUCAAACACAUACAACACUCAAUGGAGACAUCACCCCAACAUGUCAUGGUCGAAUAAUAAUCCAACUAGUGUUCGAAACUUCCCACCUCCUGGUUUUCAAUAGCAGCAGCCUCAACCAGUGAAGAAGCCCCAGCUGGAGGAGUUGAUUUUGGCUCAUAUGCAGAAAACAAACAAUGAUUUCAAGGGUCUUCAUCAAUUUGUCACUCAAUAGCUAGCCAUCAACAACAAUAUGCAAUCAUUUAUGCUAGCUAUGGAGAGGCAAAUAGGCCAGAUGGCUCAAACUUUGGCAGAUAUUCAGGGUUCCGGGGACUUUACCAGCAAAUACUGAGAAGAAUCCAAAGGACGCCAUGGUUGUAGCUAUCACAUUGAGGAGGGGAAAGGCCUUGGAGGAUCCAGAGAGUUCGAGGAAUUCAAUGAAAUCAGAAAAAGAAGGAGCUACAGAGGUAGAGGAUGAAGAAAGUGCAAAAGCUGAAAAAUCUGGCUUGCACAGGCAAACUACAUGCAAUCUGCCUGUACAUGAGCAUUCUUCCUGUGCACCUCCAAAAGUGGAAAAUUUCAAGAAUGAAGAGGUAAAGCCUUAUGAACCUCCCGCACCAUUGCCUCAUAGGUUAAAGAAGCCCAUGGAAGACCCAAACUUCAAGAAAUUUGUGAAUAUCUU